AUCCAGCGCGGGAAGCGGCGGCAUACAGGAGCUGCUGCUGGGAGAGUAGAGACAGUAGAGUCACAGUAGAAACGGUCCCGUGUUCAGGAUGAAGGUUUAUUUCUGCGGAAGCAUCCGCGGCGGCAGAGACGACGUGCACGUGUACCGGAGGAUCGUCCACAAACUGGAGAGCUACGGAACCGUGCUGACCGAGCACGUGAGCAGCCUCGAGCUCACCGCCAGAGGAGAGGACGCCACAGCAGCAGGAGACCGAGCCAUUCACGACCGAGACAUGGAGUGGCUGAGACAGUCUGACGUGAUCGUGGCGGAGGUGACGCAGCCGUCGCUGGGCGUCGGCUACGAGCUCGGUCGUGCCGUGGACAUGAAGAAGAGGAUCUUGUGUCUGUUCAGGCCGUCGUCAGGACGCUCGCUGUCGGCCAUGAUCCGAGGAUUUGAUGACGGCGAGCUCUACGUGGUGAGAGAUUACAGCGAGGAGGAGGUGGAGAAGGUUCUGGAGGAGUUCUUCAGCACACUGCCGAGAACCUGAGAGAAGCUCAGCGGAAGUUUGACACUUAAACUGCUGUUUGUUUGUUUUAAAAUCUGAUCUUUUAGCCACAAAUAAUUUCUAAUUAUCACUUAUUUACUGUCAUAAAUGUCAGAAAAGCAUCAAAUCGAACAUUUGAGAAACUAGAAUGAGUUAAUUUUUACAGUUUUGCUUGAAAAUUGACUGAAACAAAUAAAAAGAAGCUGCCAGUUAAGUUCUUUGAACCCUCACAUACUGUUCAUAUCUCCUCAUAAUUAGUCUCUGUAGCAAAUUCCUGAACCAUAAAUCAUGAAUGAACUGAUCAAUCACUGAUCAAUGGAUGGUUAAUCCUUAACGAAGCUUUCAGAGAGUUUAUUCUUUAGUUUUUAAGGAUCUGUUACAUGUUCAGUGAAUUAAAUACAACAAUACGUUUGAAUAAAUAUGGAUCAAACUCAUUGAUUUGUAUCAGCUGCACAAAUCUGUUUUUAAAAGGUUGAAAUAUUUCCGUUGUGUAUAUUCUGGUCAUAUUAGGACACGUGUCUAAAAAAACCUUUAAAUUCAGUUAAACAUAAAUAAAAAAGUUCCUUUUGUA